AAUUGAUAACAUGGAUGAUAUAGAACAACCGAAUGUAUCUAGCUCUAUUUGUUUAAGCGAUACUGAACCUGGGCCAAAUGAAAAUUUUGAUAGUGAUGAUUUCUUUACAAGACAACCAAAAAAGCGCAAAAAUCUGUCUAUAACCACAGAACAAAAAAAAAAGAAAAAAGUUUUCAGCAAAAGCAUAAUUCGUACAGAGAAUUUAAGUAAUGAAAGCACUACUAGACAUGAUAACGAUUAUAUAACUAACGAACACAAUAAUCAUAUAACCAACAAUGAUAUAGCUAAUGAACAUAAUUGCGAUUAUAUAACUAGCAAUAUGCCUGAAAGUAGCUCUAACACAAAUCAACCUCCUAAACCAAACCUUAAAGAUCUUCAACUUGUACCUAUUGAUAAGGUACUCAGAAAAAGUUGGAUAUGGUCUUAUUAUCAACUAUAUCAACCUGUACAACCAUAUAAAUGGAUAGUCAGAUGUUUGUUUAAAAUUAAUGGAAUUAAUGGAUUUCAACAAAUUACAGAGGAAUCUCAUAAACAACAACUUGAGCAACAGCAAUUUAAACAAAUAAAUAUUGAUGCGAUGUUCGCUAUAAAUGAUCCUAAACGAAAAGCAAGAAGAAAUCAAAAGUUUAUUAGUAUGCUGGUCAAGGAUCAUUUGCCUAUUAAUAUACGAGAAGAACCUGGUUUUAUAGAAUUUUUAGCAGAAUUUGACCCUAAUUAUCAAUAUCCAUAA